UCGACUGUCUGGAAAGUUCUCCGUCCUUCUUCGAGCGGUUCUCAAACAUCAGACGUGCGAGACAACGUGGACUCGCCUCCUCCGACGACAGCUCCUUCCCCUGUACGAGCGGUGACUGGUGCCCAGAGAGAGCCCUGCUCAGCCCGGUAUCCAGACUCCUUCGGACCCCUCCUGUUCGUAUUUUAGCCCCGUUGAGAAAGUAGCUCAUUCAGGGUUAGCAGAAAGCCUCGAUCAGGAGGUUGUGUGGAGAAGUACUUAGCUUUAGCUUUAGCCGCCGCUGCUUUGAAUCGUGCCGCAGCUCAGACCCGGGUCGGACCAUGACUGCAGAGGAGCAGAGUGAGCACGCCAUCCCCAUGGAGGGAGAGGACAUCACGCCGAAGAAGGACGGCGGCGUGUUGAAGCUGGUGAAACGAGAAGGCACAGGCACAGAGUUGCCCAUGACAGGCGACAAAGUGUUUGUGCAUUAUGUCGGCACCCUUCUGGACGGUACUCCCUUUGACUCCAGCAGAGACCGAGGAGAGAAGUUUUCCUUCGAGUUAGGCAAAGGUCAAGUAAUUAAGGCGUGGGACAUCGGUGUAGCCACGAUGAAAAUAGGGGAGCUGAGCCAGCUCAUCUGUAAGCCAGAGUACGCUUACGGCUCUGCAGGAAGCCCACCCAAGAUACCCCCCAAUGCCACUCUGGUUUUUGAGGUGGAACUGUUUGAAUUCCGAGGCGAGGACAUUACUACGGAUGAAGAUGGAGGAAUCAUCCGUCGCAUUAUCACUAAAGGCCAGGGGUAUUCCAAACCUAAUGAAGGAGCUGCUGUUGAAGUAACUUUGGAGGGCAGCUGUGAGGGGCGCGUGUUUGACGAGAGAGAGCUGAAAUUCGAGAUCGGUGAUGGAGAGAGUCUUGGUUUUCCAGCCGGAGUGGAGAAAGCCCUCAUGGCUAUGGAGCAAGGAGAGGAGGCCCUCUUCCACAUUAAGCCUAAGUAUGGCUUCGGGAAUGCCGGAAAUACAAAGUAUAACAUUCCUGAUGGAGCAACGCUGCAAUACAAGAUUAAGCUGACAGCUUUUGAGAAGGCCAAAGAAUCUUGGGAGAUGAACACGGUAGAGAAGCUGGAGCAGAGCGGCAUUGUCAAAGAGAAGGGAACACAGUAUUUCAAGGAUGGAAAAUACAAGCGGGCAUCAGUUCAGUAUAAAAGGAUCGUGUCCUGGCUGGAAAAUGAAUCUGGUUUGUCCGAGGAGGACGGGAAGCAAGCGAAAGCGUUGCAGCUGGCUGCACAUUUGAACUUGGCCAUGUGCUUCCUUAAACUGCAGGAGCCAAGCCAAGCCUUAGAAAGUUGUGACAAGUCUCUGGAAAUAGAUUCGUCUAAUGAGAAGGCUUUGUUCCGAAGAGGAGAGGCACUGUUUGGCAUGAAGGAGUUUGACAUGGCAAGAGAUAACUUCCAGCGAGUUGUUCAGCUGUAUCCUGCCAACAAGGCUGGAAAGAGCCAGUUGAUUCUUUGUCAGAAACGUAUCAAGGAGCAGCACGAGAAGGAUAAACGCGUCUACGCCAACAUGUUCCAGAAAUUUGCAGAGAGGGAUUCAAAGAAAGAAUCCGUAAAGGUGAAGAGCGAGAGCAAAGAGAACGGCGGCGAUGAGAUGGAGGUGGAGAAUGGAGACGAGAAAGUUGCGAGUGAAGAAAAGGCAUAGACGAAGAGGUCACUGAGUAAUGGUUUAUCUGUACUUCAGACUUUUGUAAGCUGUUUCUGUUUAAGGGUUGUGUGGGUGGGUGUGUGUGAGUGUGACUAAAAGGUCUGUAUGAGAAUGAGCAUGUCACACAAGAGCACUGACUUUGGGCACUUCGCUGGCUUUCUUUGUGUUCUGGCUUUUUGCUGUGGCAGCUAGCUGAGUGAGGUUGGUGGGUGGGGGAGUGGGGGCUUCUCCUCCUGAUGGGACUGGGACGUGGAUGUAGUGAUUAAAUCGAGUGCCACAACCUUACCCCAUCCCAAACUCUUUCCGUCCACAGCGUUUUGGGUAGAAACAAAAGUGCAUCCCAACUUUUAUGUGCUGAAAUACAAACCCUCACCCGUCAAGGGCUAGACCAAUCACCCUGCACCACCUUUCGUCCUUUACCCUUCCUCUCAUUUUUUCCUAUCCAUCCAAUCCUCCUCAUGGGCCUACUGAACAAUUCCUGUACUUGCAUUGGCUAUGUGCAUAGAUAUGAUGUGUCUGAAUGUUGGUGCCUGUGUCCCAAAGUAGAAAUGUAGCAGCGCUGUGGAGUAAAGAGAGCUUUUCCUGGAAUAGUUGUCCAGAGUUUGACCUCCCCAUACAUCCCAAGGGUACAGGACUGUUCACAAUUGCUUUGACUUACUUUUUUUCCUCCUCUUCUCCGUAUUGUGCUUGUGAUUUCUGUAUUGUUCCCAAAAUGAUGAAUACAACCAAUUACUUAACUGGAAUAUGUGCAUUUUAAAGCAGCUACAGUAGAAAGGGCCUUUUAAAAAUUAGCUUCUCCUGGACGAGCUCGAGUAUUAAACAGUUGAGUCUUAGUCUUAAUUUACUGUUAAAAAAAAAAGUACAUGUAAGAAUGGCUCAUCAGAUUCAGCCCUGUUGUCUCAUUUAAAAACAGGUGGCUGUGGGUUGUGUGUUGAGUUUAGCUGUAUUCAUUGGAAGGGUCUUGUUUGUUCUGCCCUGACCGAAGGAUAAAAUAAACAAUAGAAACAUC